CAAAUUGUCAAGGGAUUUUCUUGUAUGCGGGAAGAAAAAACAAGAAGGGUUUUAAGCGGAGAGUUCAGUUCUCCUCCGAGCAGAAUCAAAACUCACAAAGGCGUCAAUGAAAGCCGUGGUCCAGCGAGUUGCCUCCGCCAGCGUCGAGGUGGAAGGAUCUCCAGUCUCGGCAAUCGGGCCAGGACUCCUUGUACUCGUCGGAAUUCACGACCUUGAUACCGAUUCUGAUGCUGAUUAUAUAUGUCGUAAGGUGUUGAACAUGAGAUUGUUUCCUAAUGAAAAAACAGGCAAAACAUGGGACCAAAGUGUAGUGCAGAAAAAUUACGAGGUUCUAUUAGUGAGUCAAUUUACGUUGUAUGGUAUAAUGAAGGGUAACAAGCCAGAUUUUCAUGUGGCAAUGGCACCCGAUAGAGCAAAAUCCUUCUAUGCUUCUUUAGUGGAAAGAUUCCAAAGAAGUUACAAAUUAGAAUCAGUAAAAGAUGGAGUCUUUGGAGCAAUGAUGAAGGUCAAUUUGGUAAAUGAUGGUCCAGUUACAAUGCAACUCGAGUCACCAAAUUCAUCAAGGUGUACAAAUGAUGUAGCAGAGCCAGAAAAGACUUCAAAUUGAAGCAUAUGUAUCGCUAGUUUACACCACAAACGGAGUUACCAUUGAAUUUAUAAUGAUUUAUGUUUUUUUCGGAUGAUUAGAAUUAUAAAAAAAUUGAUUACUUGAUAUGAUUUUGUUUUAAAAUAUCUAAAUCCGAAAAUCUGAUCUCUAUAUAUCAGGAAAUCCGUUAUGAAAAUUUAAUUUACGGAUUUUAGUAA